AUGCGUGCGUUCUCUAAAACUCCACAGUUGUACGUCAAAAGGAAGUCUCUAAAUCGGGGACCCCAACAGCACGCCCUCGGGGCCGCACCGGGCGGCGGCAGCGGCGGCGGCGGAGGCGGAGGCCGAGGCAAGCGCGGGCGCGGCCGAGCCCACAACAACCUGCUGCGGAAGCUGGCGUCGAGCCACUACCAGAGCUACACGACGGCGCUGACGGUGACGAUCGCCGUGGGCUGCUUCCUGCUGCUGCUCAACAUCCUCAUCUUCGCGGGCAUCUACCACCAGCGCGACCGCGGAGGCGGCGGGGGCGCGGGCGGCGGCGCGGGCGGCGCCGCGGGCGGCAGCGGCUUCGGCAGCAAGAAGAAGGACGAGCUGGCCGAGGCGGGCAGCUGCAGCUCGUCGUCGGGCGACGGCCACCACUUCGAGGCGAAGCACGCGCUGCUCGUGGACCACCUACCGCUGUCGGCGUCGCAGCAGCACCUGCACCGCGGGGGCGGCACGGUGGAGCUGCCCAUCCAGGAGUUCAAGGCCUCGCCCACGGCCGCCCUCAAGCGCCAGCUGCUGCAGGCUCAGCAGCAGGCGCAACAGGAGCAGCAUCAACAGCAGCAGCAACAACAGCAACAGCAGUUCGUGAACCCCGGCCCGUCGCCCCGCGGUUCGCCGCCCCCGACCCGCCUGACGUCACCCUCCAUCCCCGACCCGCCGCCACCGCCCAAGCACCAACCGCCCACGCUGUGCAACCAAGCCGGCGCCAGCGGCGGCAUCCUGCGGCAACAGGGCUGUCCACAGACGCCUGGCACCAUGAAGAAGCGUGUGCAGAUCCAGGAGAUAUCCGUGUGA